AUGGGCGACCCUAGUAUUGUGAAGAUAGUUGGGCAGAAAAACUACGCCAAGUUGCGGUCUGUGAAAGUUCUUCUGGUGGGGGCCGGAGGGAUUGGCUGCGAAUUGCUCAAAAACCUUGUGCUCAUGGAAUUUGGAGAGAUUCACGUCGUUGACCUCGAUACUAUUGAUCUAUCAAACCUCAAUAGGCAGUUUCUAUUCCGGCAGCGUGAUAUCAAGCAGCCCAAGGCAACUACAGCAGUUCGUGCGAUUCAGCACGUCAGCAAUUCCAAGCUGGUUGCAUAUCAGUCUAACAUCAUGGACACAGAGAAGUUUCCUCUGAGCUGGUUUAGCGAGUUCUCGCUGAUCUUCAACGCCUUAGAUAACCUUGAAGCCCGUCGCUACGUUAACCAGACUGCACAAUUCCUUCAUCUGCCGCUACUGGAGAGCGGCACCGCGGGUUUCGAUGGUUACAUUCAGCCAAUCAUCCCGGGUCAGACGGAGUGUUUUGAUUGUACCACAAAGGAAACGCCAAAAACUUUCCCGGUGUGCACAAUCAGAUCUACUCCUUCUCAGCCGAUUCACUGCAUUGUGUGGGCCAAGAACUUCCUGUUCUCUCAGCUCUUUGCGUCUUCCACAUCUGUUGCUACCGAUGAGGAUCUUGGAACUGAGGAUCCCCAGGAAAUUGAGCGCAUCAAACAAGAGACAAACGAGCUUCAUGAACUCCAAGAAUACAUCAAAUCAGGUGACAAUUCUUGUAUUCCUGAUAUAAUCACCAAGCUUUUCGUGAGUGAUAUCGAAAAGCUGCUUUCCAUUGAAAACCUUUGGAAAAAUCGCGAAAAGCCCACUCCACUUCACAAUUUUGAGAUAUCUAACCAAUUGAAUACUGAUUUUAGUUCUGUGUGGACCCUUCAAGAACAAGUCAAUGCAUUUGCCGAAGUAACGAAAAAGUUGAUGAAACGCUUGGCUACCGAGAAAGAAAUUGAAUUUGACAAAGACGACACUGAUACUUUGAAAUUUGUAGCAACGGCGGCGAAUAUCCGUGCAUAUGUUUUCCAUCUUCCUGUUAAGUCAUUAUUUGACGUAAAGCAAAUAGCAGGCAAUAUUAUUCCAGCAAUUGCAACUACGAACGCUAUCAUCGCCGGUUUGUCUUCACUUGCUUCAUUAAGGGUUCUAAAUCUGUUGAAGCAUAUACCUCCAACUGAUCCAAAGGAUUUAUACAUGGCAUUUACUGCGAAGGCGAGCAAUAUAUCAUCUAAUCGCUACCUUUCCAACUCACAACUAGCAACUCCAAAUCCACGUUGUCCUGUAUGCUCUAUAGCGCGCGGCGUGAUUUCACUCUCUACUUCUGCGUUGAAAUCUAUUACUUUAGGGGAGCUUCUUGAUGCUAUUCGCACAAAGUACAAUUACCCAGGCGAAGUCUCUCUUGUUGAUAAGUCCACACAAAGACUAUUGGCCGAUUUUGAUUUCGAUGAUCUUUUGGGCAAGAGCCUUUCUGACAUGAAGUUAGGUCAAGGCUCUUUACUCUUGGUUGCAGACGAACGUGAUGAUGAAGAGGAAUUAAAAUGUUCAGCAGAAUUCUAUCUCCAGCUAGAUGCAACCGGAAAUAAACUAAGACUACCUGAAAUUGAAGUACUCUCCUUCAAGCCGCAGGCGAUGUCGCCGCAAGAGGAUGAACCUGACUACAUUUUGAAUGGCAAUGGAGAAAUUAUCAUAGAUGAAGAUAACGGUGACUCUCGUAAAAGAGAGCUUGAAGAUGCCUCCGAACCAGCAGCAAAGAUGGCAAAGCUUGAUGAUGAUGCCAUUGUGCUUCUUGAUUAG